AUGGGAGGGGUUUCGUUUGUGGGCGUGGUUUCACGGCCUGCUGUAGACUGCGGCGGGCAAAGCUCUUCCUAACAGAAAUGGCGGAGGGGGAGUUGGACGUGGACUCGUUGAUUUCCAGGCUUCUGGAGGUGCGAGGAUGUCGUCCAGGGAAGAUCGUCCAGAUGACGGAGGCGGAGGUGCGCGGCCUCUGCAUCAAGUCUCGGGAGAUCUUCCUGAGUCAGCCCAUCCUCCUGGAGCUGGAGGCUCCGCUCAAAAUCUGCGGUGACAUCCACGGACAGUACACAGACCUGCUGAGGCUCUUUGAGUACGGCGGAUUCCCUCCAGAGGCCAACUACCUGUUCCUAGGAGACUAUGUGGACAGAGGGAAGCAGUCCCUGGAAACCAUCUGCCUGCUGCUGGCCUACAAGAUCAAAUACCCCGAGAACUUCUUCCUGCUGCGGGGCAACCACGAGUGUGCCUCCAUCAACCGCAUCUACGGCUUCUACGAUGAGUGUAAACGCAGAUUCAACAUCAAACUCUGGAAGACGUUCACCGACUGUUUUAACUGCCUGCCCAUCGCGGCCAUCGUGGACGAGAAGAUCUUCUGCUGCCACGGAGGGCUUUCUCCUGACCUGCAGUCUAUGGAGCAGAUCAGACGGAUCAUGAGGCCCACAGACGUACCUGACACAGGUCUCCUGUGUGACCUGCUGUGGUCCGACCCAGAUAAGGACGUGCAGGGCUGGGGGGAGAAUGACCGUGGCGUCUCCUUCACCUUUGGAGCUGAUGUGGUCAGCAAGUUCCUCAACCGUCACGAUCUGGAUCUAAUCUGUCGAGCCCACCAGGUGGUGGAAGAUGGUUAUGAGUUCUUCGCCAAGCGGCAGCUGGUGACUCUGUUCUCGGCUCCAAACUACUGUGGGGAGUUUGACAACGCAGGCGGCAUGAUGAGCGUGGACGAAACUCUGAUGUGCUCCUUCCAGAUCCUGAAGCCGUCUGAGAAGAAGGCCAAGUACCAGUACGGAGGGAUGAACGCUGGCCGGCCCGUCACCCCUCCCCGCACAGCCCAACCUCCAAAGAAACGAUGAAGACCGCCGCGGCCCGAACACGAUGAAACGAUUGUCUCCUUUUCGCCCCGAUGAGUAAAGUAAAGCCUGCAGGGGAUGAAACACAUGAACCGUUUUAACCCCCCCCCCCCCCCCCCCCCCCCUUUCACCCAAUGUAUGGAACGGCUGUCCGACCCCCCAGCACCUACGUAACCGUGUUUAAAUCAGUCAUUCUGUAGCACCUUUUUUUCUUUUUGACUGAAUGACUGCUAGUACCCCCCCCCCCCCCCCC